UGGUAUAUAUUAUGUAUAGGUCCGCGGUCAUACCACAGGUUCAGGUUUUGCUGUAAAAUUUUUUUGUUUGCAGUGCGUCUAAGAAAGAAAAUCUGUUUUAAGCAGCAGAACUUAACUAUAUUGACACGGUGUGCUGUAAAGCGCUUUAAUCACCAAGAUGAGUUAUAUGCCAGCCCAGAAUCGUACAAUGUCGCAUAACAAUCAAUACAAUCCGCCGGACUUGCCACCAAUGGUGUCGGCCAAGGAGCAGACCCUUAUGUGGCAACAGAACUCGUAUCUGGGUGACUCGGGUAUCCAUUCGGGUGCCGUCACCCAGGUGCCAUCACUCUCUGGAAAAGAGGAUGAGGAGAUGGAGGGCGAUCCGCUUAUGUUCGACCUAGACACUGGCUUUCCUCAGAACUUCACGCAGGACCAGGUGGACGACAUGAACCAGCAGUUGAGCCAGACUCGUUCGCAGAGAGUGCGAGCCGCUAUGUUCCCGGAGACCCUGGAGGAGGGCAUCGAGAUACCCUCCACUCAGUUCGACCCGCAGCAGCCGACGGCUGUCCAGCGUCUGUCGGAGCCCUCGCAGAUGCUAAAGCACGCUGUGGUCAACCUGAUCAACUACCAGGACGACGCCGAGCUGGCCACCCGGGCCAUACCAGAGCUGAUCAAACUGCUCAAUGACGAGGACCAGGUGGUGGUCUCGCAGGCCGCCAUGAUGGUGCAUCAAUUGUCCAAGAAGGAGGCCUCGCGCCAUGCCAUCAUGAACAGUCCCCAAAUGGUGGCCGCCCUGGUGCGUGCCAUAUCGAACAGCAACGACCUGGAGAGCACCAAGGCCGCCGUUGGCACCCUCCACAAUCUGUCGCACCAUCGCCAGGGUCUCUUGGCCAUCUUCAAGAGCGGCGGCAUCCCGGCACUUGUGAAGCUGCUAUCGUCGCCCGUAGAGAGCGUGCUCUUCUACGCAAUCACCACGCUGCAUAACCUGCUGCUCCAUCAGGAUGGAUCCAAGAUGGCCGUGCGCCUGGCAGGCGGCCUACAGAAAAUGGUCACCCUGCUGCAGAGGAACAACGUUAAGUUCCUGGCCAUCGUCACCGACUGUCUCCAGAUCCUGGCUUACGGCAACCAGGAGAGCAAGCUUAUUAUUCUUGCUUCAGGCGGACCCAACGAACUUGUGCGCAUCAUGCGCUCCUAUGACUAUGAGAAGCUCCUUUGGACCACAUCGCGCGUUCUCAAAGUGCUCUCGGUGUGCUCGAGCAACAAGCCAGCUAUCGUGGACGCCGGCGGCAUGCAGGCCCUGGCCAUGCACUUGGGCAACAUGUCGCCCCGUCUCGUCCAGAACUGUCUGUGGACUCUCCGCAAUCUUUCGGAUGCGGCUACCAAGGUGGAGGGACUAGAGGCCCUACUGCAGUCCCUGGUCCAGGUUCUAGGCUCCACCGAUGUCAACGUGGUCACCUGUGCCGCAGGCAUACUCUCGAAUCUGACGUGCAACAAUCAGCGCAACAAGGCCACCGUCUGCCAGGUGGGCGGCGUCGACGCCCUUGUUCGCACCAUCAUCAAUGCCGGCGAUCGCGAGGAGAUCACUGAGCCGGCUGUAUGCGCCUUGCGCCACCUCACUUCGCGCCACGUGGACUCGGAACUGGCGCAGAACGCGGUCCGUCUCAACUACGGGCUUUCGGUUAUUGUCAAGUUGCUCCAUCCACCAUCACGGUGGCCGCUUAUCAAAGCCGUCAUCGGGCUCAUUCGUAACCUGGCCCUCUGUCCGGCCAACCAUGCUCCAUUGCGAGAGCAUGGCGCCAUCCAUCACUUGGUGCGUCUGUUGAUGCGCGCCUUCCAGGACACAGAAAGGCAACGCUCAUCGAUUGCCACCACGGGCUCCCAGCAGCCGUCUGCCUACGCCGACGGCGUUCGCAUGGAGGAAAUUGUCGAGGGCACGGUGGGCGCUUUGCACAUCCUCGCUCGAGAAUCGCACAAUCGCGCCCUCAUACGCCAGCAGUCGGUGAUUCCGAUAUUUGUGCGCUUGCUAUUCAACGAAAUCGAAAACAUACAGCGCGUGGCUGCCGGCGUUCUCUGCGAGUUAGCCGCCGACAAGGAAGGUGCCGAGAUCAUUGAACAGGAGGGGGCUACCGGGCCGCUCACUGAUCUGCUGCACUCCCGCAACGAGGGCGUGGCCACGUACGCCGCCGCAGUGCUCUUCCGCAUGAGUGAGGACAAGCCGCAGGACUACAAGAAGCGUCUCUCUAUUGAGCUGACCAAUUCUCUGCUGCGCGAGGACAACAACAUUUGGGCCAAUGCUGAUUUGGGCAUGGGUCCGGAUCUACAGGAUAUGCUUGGACCCGAAGAAGCAUAUGAGGGCCUUUACGGACAAGGUCCGCCCAGUGUACACAGUUCGCACGGAGGUCGCGCAUUCCAUCAGCAAGGAUAUGAUACUCUACCAAUAGAUUCGAUGCAGGGUCUGGAGAUUAGCAGCCCGGUGGGCGGUGGGGGCGCUGCUGGUAAUAGCGGAGGUGUUAACAGUGCUAGCGCAAGCAACGGUGCUGUCGUCCCACCCAGCGGGGCACCAACAUCGCCCUAUUCCAUGGACAUGGACGUCGGCGAGAUCGAUGCCGGUACAUUGAGCUUCGACUUGGAUGCCAUGCCGACGCCACCCAACGACAACAAUAACUUGGCUGCCUGGUACGAUACCGACUGUUAGACACACACAUUUAUUGCUCUCUUCCCCUGGCCCUGAGCAUGGGCAGGCGUACGACCCCGAACGGCUCCGUGAUGCGUUGGCACCAGUGGAAGAAGGCUAUUACCACACACCCACACCCACACACAUACAUAAACAUAAACAUAUAUAUUAAUUAUAAUACAACUGCAACGGCAUAAAGCAUA